UUUUUCUCUCUCAUUAUCUCAUGCUUGCAUGAAUCUUACUAUCUGAGUCCCAGAUAAGAUGAUCUGAGCUCAAAUUUUCCCAAGUUGGUGUAAUUCCAUUUUGAAUUUCGAAGAGCUGAUCGGUGGUUCCGUAGGUGGUUUUUGUAAUCUUGAGAAAUGGGGUUUUGAAUUUUUCAUGUUUGAAUAGAUAUUGGAUUUUGAUUUGAUGGAUUUUUGAGUAGUGGGGUUUUCAUCGAUUAUCAUUUUAUUUAGAGAUUUUGAUGGGUUUUUCGGAUUUCCUUAUAUUGGAAAUGGGUUUUGAUUUUUACUGAUCAAAUCUCAGUACUUUUCGAGGAAUUAGCUUUUGAUUUUUUACUUACUUUUUGAGGAUUUCGGGUAUGAUUGGUAUGGAUUGUUUGGUGGAAAUCGAUGGGUUUCAUGGAUUUCCAUCUAGAAGAAAAUGGGCUUUGAUGUUUAUGGAUAAUCCAGCAGUUAUUCAAUAAUUUGGGGCUUGAUUGUCAUGGAUUAUACGAUGGAAAUCGAUGCAUUUCUUGUGAUUUCUGGUUCUAGAAAGUGGGUUUUCGGCGUAGCAGAUAAUUCAGUAGAUACCAAUGUUCAUACCCCCUUUUCAGUCUGGAGGAAUUGGGUUUUUGCUAGUGUCAUGGCUUCUGAUUGCAAACCAGGCGAGGAAUCGAUUAUUGAUUUCUGUUUAUUAACUUGUAAAAAGACGGGCUUUAAGAAUUUUUCCCCUAUAUAGAACGCUUCGGAUUGUUGCCGGUGAACAUCUGAUUUGAAGUCAGAAUCAUCGGUAGUUACUGUUAGCCAGUUGGAUGGAUGCUUUGCAAGUAGUUUCUUCUGCUACCCAAAUAGUAGCUAGUAUGGUUGGAGCGGUGGGUGCAUUAGAAGCAGCCUCGAGGAACCUUGAUGAAGCUCCGAAGAAAAUCCGAAGCCUUGAGGAGUUUGUAUCCGAGCUUGAGAAUUUGACACGGCGCGUUAAGCAGAAGCAUGUCUACAAGCUUCAUAACCCACAACUAGAGCGUCAGAUUCAGAGCUUGAAUGGGCUGAUUGAGCGGUUGCAUCCCAAUAUUACUAAGGCAAGGAAAAUUGUGUCCAAGAGCAGAGCUAAGAACUUCGCUAAGGUUGUAUGGAGUUCUGUGGUCGGAGAUCCGCUCUCAAAGUUGGUCCAAUCAAUCAGGGGUGAUUUGAACUGGUGGCUCGAAUCACAGAAGUUGUCCCAUGAUGUGGAGAAAGUUAUAGAGUCUACAGCUAAAGAUGUUCCUGUCCUGUUGAGAAUCAAUUCGGAACGAGGCUACCCAAUUUCAAAAAAGUGUCACUAUGUGAGAAGGUUAUUAGAGCAAGAGGAGUCUAAUCGGGUCAUCCUGAUUGUUGGUUUAUCAGGUAUUGGAAAAUCGUGCUUGGCCCGCCAAGUAGCGUCUGACCCACCGAAGAGGUUCCUGCAUGGUGCGGUUGAGCUCACGCUUGGGCAGUGGUGUAGUAGAGUUGUGUGCAAUGGAAGUAAAGUUGAAUACCAUAAGCGCUUAGCGAAGAAAAUCUGUAGAUUUUUGGUGCAGAUUGGUUUCAGGAAGAAGAUUGGGGAUGACAUGGGUGGAGAUCUUGAAGACAUUUGCUGCUUGCUUCAAGAGGCAUUGGUUGGUAAAAGCAUUUUGAUUCUUCUUGAUGAUGUGUGGGAGCAAGACAUUGUCGAGCGGUUCGCCAAGCUGUAUGAUAAUGAUUGUAGGUUCUUGGUGACCACGAGAAAUGAAGCCGUUUAUGAAAUAACAGAGGCUGAAAAGGUUGAAAUAUGCAAAGAUGAUAUAAUGGAAAUAAGCAAGGCGAUUCUCCUCUACCACAGCCUACUUAGCAAUGAUGAGUUGCCGAGCACUGCGGAGAGCUUACUGGAACGAUGUGGCCACCACCCUCUUACUGUUGCUGUCAUGGGCAAGGCUCUCCGGAAAGAAACCCUGGCUGAGAAAUGGGAGAAGGCCAUUCUCAAUCUUUCCACCUAUGCCACGUGUGCACCAGGCCCGGUUUCAUACGUGAACGAGAAAGAAUCCGAAAAUACACUAACCAUCUUUGGGUCAUUCGAGUUCAGCUUGGAAGCCAUGCCCGAACACUCCCAGCGGCUUUUUUUUGUCCUCGCAGCAUUGUCAUGGGCGGAACCCAUUCCAGAAGCCUGUCUCGAAGCUCUAUGGUCGGUGCUCGGUCAGGACAGCAUGUUCCCCCUUGUAGUCUGCAAGCUUGUCGAAGGCUCUCUACUUAUCAAAACCGAGGCCUAUCCGAUGUACCAUGUGCACGACAUGGUCUCCCUCUACCUCGAUGGUAAAAUCAACAAUGCUGUUGAAAUGCUGCUAUUGGAAUCUUCUGCCGAAGCCACCGCGUCUGUCACUCCGUGGCUCUUCAUUUUCGGGAAGGAAACAGUUAAAUUGGUUGCUGAGCAGAAGAUGAGGUAUUUCAUUGACGGUUUAGAAGAAAAGCAGGUUGUGGUAACCUUAGAUGCUGUCAUCCAAGCUCUCAUGACUUGUAAGUCCAUUUCGGAACUUGAAGCUAGCAGCGCAAGUUUCAGUUGUAUAUUGGGCCCUCAAAUUGCCAAUCUGAUUUCGGAGGGUUCACCCAAUCUCAUAGCUGCAGCUGCAAGGGCCUUGAACAUAUUCAAUAAGGAUGAUUAUUGCAAAUACAUUCAAUCUCUUGAAAGCACGGGUGCGGUCGACAAGCUCCUAAGUCUAUUAGGAGACUGUAAUGAUCCCGUCAUUCAGACCAAUGUCUCUAUCGUCGUCGCAAAGAUGGCAGAACACGGAAGCCCAGAAACCGUUGACAAAGUCCUCCAAAGUGCAUGCAUUAGCCAGCUGGCAGAUUUGCUCAAUCCUGGUGCUGAAGAGUGCCACGAGAGCGUGUUUGCUACUCUGAUGUCAUUGAUAAAGGCUGCCAAGUUGAAGGCAGUGGAGCAGAUGUUCGCUGCCGGCAUUGAUAAGAAGCUCAUAGGACUUCUCGAGAAUGGAUCUGAUGUGGCCCAACAUUACGCAAUUGUCAUAUUGAAGACAUUCCACGAGUUGGGUGGGCCGCUGAUGCACGAGUCACUCCGUCCCGGGACAUUGAGCCUCCUGCCUUGGCAUGCGAGGCAUAGCUUGGAGAGAUUCAUCUUGUCAGACAGAAACAUCCCGUUAUCGCCAAAGCCUCAGACAUUUGAGGAUCUCAUCCACAAGAUCCUCGAAAGAGAUAACAGGCGGGUAUUGGAGGCGAUGCAGGACCUCAUUCCAAUCAUCGAGAAGGCGGGCGACCCGCGGGUCCGAGACAUGAUACUGCACAGCCCAUUGGUGGAAAGACUAGCAGCUCUGUUACAAUACACGCAUUCUGAACAAAACCGAAUGCGAUCAGAAUCUGCCUUUGUGCUAAUGAAGCUUGCCUGCUCAGGCGGAGAACUGUGCAUUCGGAAAUUCAUGGAAUUCGACGUCAUUCCUGAACUAGUUAAGAUGAUGCAGUGCCACGCAGUGGAGUUACAGGAUUCUGCCUACACAGCCCUCCAUGAGAUGCUGUCCGGGAAUGGUGGGACCCUUGUUUCAAACCGAAUGCUUCAGAUGGACCUUAUAGAAAGACUGGCCCACUUCCUUGACAACAAAUCGAUCAAAACCAGGGAAGUGAGUGCCCAUUGCCUUUUAGACCUUGUCGAGGUGGGCAGCAAGGCGGCUGUGGAACGGAUAUUCUCCCCGCAGAUUGUGGAGAAGCUUGUGGCGCUUGAGAAGAUUGGCGGGGAUUUCAGCAACACAGUUGUGAGGUUCCUCAAAGGGAUGGAUAAGUGUAAGCAUCUGUCAACUGCUGAACGGAGAGUGAUGAAGCUACAGGUGAUCAGGAAAGUGCGUGCUGCUGUGAAAGGCCACAAGCUUGAAGCUCAUAUCAUAGCUGCAGUAGAAGCUUGCGUCUCGGAAGGAUCAAGAGGAGCAAGUACAAGUAAGCAAAGGAAGUAGCAGCUUACGUUUUUACACUUGUUCGAAUACAGUGAAAUGUGUAAUCUUCAGGCGGAGUACUAAAUGAAAACCAGUUCAUCAGACAGCACGGUAUGGAUGGUUCAUGCCUGAAUUUUGCACGGGACUUGUAUCGAAUCAACAUGAGAUUUUCACUCAUUAUAUUGAAAUGCGACAUGGUGCACAAUGCAUUUUGCUACAUUGGAUGUAGGUGUUUGAUCGGCAUUUGAAUUUUUCUAGAGAAUGUUGAUGUGGGGGCCUUCUUCUGAAGUUUGGAAAUAGCAUUCAGAGCUCAAGAUUGGAGCAGGAGCUGAGGGAGACCACCCGCCCGUUAAGUGAUGUUAUCAGGCGGUUCGCCAUGCAACUGGUUUGAGUGGGGUGCACCGGAAGGCGGACGGCAGUCCGGCAGUCCUGCAGUUCUUGCCCUGAAGGAAUUUGGACAGUGAAACCUGUAAGUGGAGUGGAAUUUUUGUUUUAGCUGUCCAUUUGUUUUGUAUAGUGUGACUCACCUGAGAGGUGAAAUGGCCUGAUUUUUAUGCCAAAAGAUCUAAACAAUGUGGUGGGCCCCAGGAAUGAAAUGACCUGAUUUAGAUUGUCGCCCAUCUGAUGGAAAGCUUAUAUGUGA